AACAAAUGUGGCCAGCAUUAAAUAACGAAAACUCACAGAGCUAUUGAUUUUGGGGAUUUAUUUACCGACAAAUACUGUUAUCGUUAUCACACAUCAGUAACUACUUACUGACUCGCUUAUUAUCAUCCCUAUUUCUCGUUCUGUUCUCACGCUUUGUUCUUCUCACACUGUAUGUAUCGACAGCUAACCCCCGAGUUGUCCUAGUACCUUUAUAAUUGCAAACAACCGACUGCUUAGAAAGCAAUUUGAUGACUACGUGUAUCAGGAUGCUUUUCGGAUGUUGGUUAUUAAUGAUUCUUCUCACAGCAAGACUCACAAAAUAGUACAAAACGUACAAAAUAAGGUUGCUCGUCUAAACAAUUGAAAACUCUGUUAUUUGCACAUCAGAAGACGCUUGUUUGAACUUGUUUAUUAUGUCUGAAACCGAUCAUCACCAACUGGCAAGGUAACAGCGCUGUUUUAGGAACCAUGGAUAUAAAGACAAGGGCAAUUGAGUAUUUUUCUAACAACAAUAUUUUGAAAGAACUUGAGAAUGCUCUACAACUUAUGUUCCAGGAAAAUACAUCAGAUCAUUCCGGCUAUUUAAGCAAAUAUUUCGAAAAGAUUUCCCUUACUCCGAAAGUUGUCAGCAUCAAAGUGGACAGAAACUAUUCAUAUAUUGGCACCUUUUCCAGUUCUUUGAGUGUACUUACACUGUGGCGAACAAAUAUUGAGGUUACCACAGGGCUAAACUAUGUUUAUGGAUGCAAUUAUUGUCUGCCUUAUGGAAACAUCUUAAAUGAAUCAACACCCUCUGAAUUCUCAGUUUGUAUAGAGGCAGUUGUGGAUUUACUGGAUAAUUGCCUAUGGUCACCAGCGGAGAUGUUUGAAAUUGAUAAAUAUAUCAGAAACUUCUACAAUGAAUACAGAAAGCAAUUGAAUAAAAUGCAAACGGAUGAAAGCGAGAAAGAAAUAGAAGUUAUUGGUCCAAAAGAAAUCCCGUUAAAGUCUACAUCAGAACAAAAUGCAAAAAAAAAAUCUACUAAAGAUAUAAUUACACUUCUUCCAAAUCAAAUAAUCUCAAUUGCACCAUUCAUUGCAACAGAUCUAACUUGGUUAUCAAUUAGUUUACAUUUAACAGCAAUGAAGUGUUCUAGACCGAAGAUCAAUUUUCAAUGGUAUAUGAAAUCACUUUAUGAUGAGGUGAUUAAAUCAACAAUGCCCGAUAACAAGCCCAAUUCACCAAUUCCUGUUAACCAAGUGACAUGUCCAAUAAUUACAAUAUUGAAUUGUCCUGGACGUAUUGGUUCAAUACAAUCAGGAAAAUGUAAAUUUUUACAAGAAAUUCUUCUUAUUCCUAAACCAUAUUUAACACCAAAAGAAUUAUUAGAUAAUCUGUUCAUUAUUAAAACAAAAUUAUCACAAACCUUAAUGAAUAAACCAAAUUUAAUACCACAAUUGAUAUGUGAUAAUGGAGCAUCAAGUGUUAAUAUUGAUAAACCAGAACAAGCAUUUGAUUUAUUAAUAGAAUUUCUAGAACAAAUUCAAUUGAAUAAUCAUUUCUAUUUUGGUUUAUUCAUAUCACCAAAAGGAAUAUUUGAUACGAUAAAAGAACGUUAUGAGAUUAUCACGGGAAAUUUGAAAACACCAGAAGAAUUGGUUAAUUAUUAUAUAGAUUUAAUUGGUAGAUAUCCACAAAUACGUUUAUUAAUUGAUCCAUUUAGAGUAGAAGAUAAAGAAUAUUGGGAAUUAUUAAAAACACGUAUUACAUCAUCAAUAUUGAUUACAACAAGUACAAUAAUUCAACCAGCUAUGAAAGAAAUAACACUUAAUCGAUCUAAUUCAAUGAUUACAAAAAAUCUUAAAACAAUAACAACAUUAUCAUCAUUUGAUGAACCAUUAAAAUUUAGUAUUCCAACUGGUUUAACUAUUUAUGAUUUAGUGAAUAGUUGCCAAGGCAACAAAGUUCAUCAUCAUAAGGAUGAUGUAAAUCAUGUUGACAUAGAUACUACUACUACUACUACUACUAAUAAUAAUAAUAAUAAUAUAAAACAAAUACCGAAUGGUGCACUACAAUCUACAUCAUUAUGUAAUACAGUUGAUAAACAGGAUAUGUGUUACUCAUCUUGGUUAUUCACUAUGGAUCCAUGUUUAGAUUGUGUUUUAAUAACAGAAAUUAUUCAAGCAAUUCAUAUAUUACAUUUACAAAAUCGGCAAGUGAUAUUCAGUUUGGAUAAUCUACAAGUGAUUGAAGAUUGGCCAAUGGAUAUGGCAAUUGGUUUAGGUAUAGAUUUUAUCAAAAUUACUGGAUUGAAUAGAAUAGAUCAAAUGAAUAAAUUGAUAACAUGGUAUCAUUACUAUCAAGAUAUAAUUGAUCAUUUAAAGGAUUCAAUCAAUGAAUGGAAGUUGUAUGAUUCUUCACUAAUGGAAAAUUCUUUCAAUGUAUGAAUGGAUUAGUUAAGUCAUUCAUAAUAUUAACAUAUACAUAUCAUAAUGACGAUUUUUUUUGUUAUAAAAGAUAAUGUAUAAUGAUAAUGAAUUGUCUUUUCUAAAUACUACCAUUCAAUCAGUUAUCAUGAACACUGGGUAUAACCACCACCAAGUAUGUCAGAUGCUCGUUAAUGCAAAUCGAAUAUUAUCGGCCAUGUUACAAUAUGGUCAGUAGUUUAGGUGACUCGAUAUUGCGUGAACUAUGUUGAGAUAAGAUGGUGGUUGAAGGUAGUCAACCGGAAACCUUGGACCUAGGUUUUAUGCUACUUAGUACUUGCCAGUAAGGUGUACCUGUAUUCUCCAGGGAACUGGUGGCCAUAUUGCUACCUUGAUGUGGUGGUCGGGCUUGCCUAUCGUGAUGAAGCAACUGAGCUAUACUGACUGGAACAACCGUUCCUCAAGGUCCUACCAUGCUAGACAGGUCAGUUGAAGAGCAGUAAGACUAAAAGCAACAAACCUAAGGUCCGAAGGCGAAGUCGUACUGCUGACUGUACAGAGGUGUGGCAGCACCAAGGUGUUUCCUUCAGACAACCAGCAUGAUAGCGAUGAUGCCUUCCCACAAGGAGGGGUGGGUGGGGUUAGAAAAUGUCGACCCUAAAAAUGCACACCUCACCUUAUCCCACGGAUAUCCGUCUCCGAUGGUAAGGUCUCAACAAGUACGGAGCUAACACAAAAAUUACUCACAAAAACGUCGUGUGUGACCGACCUCAAGCAGUUGUCGCUUGAGCACUGCGGUCACGCUCUCAGGUCACUAAGACCACCUCUAAUGCAAUUUCUUUUCCAAUUACCUCCAAAAAAAACCUUCCACGUUGUGGGCAACCGAGAAAUGAUAACCUCCUUCAGACCUAUAGCAGCACUAAGAAGGACCUGACAUUGAUCACCACCCAGUGAUUAAUCAGUUGUGAAUACAUCACAGUCCUACAGGAGGUCAGUCCCGGCCCGGAUAGCUCAGCGAUAACAUCAAUGACUAUGAAGCUGUAUGACACGAGGUCGAGUCCGUCAGGGUGAUUUUUUGUGAGACCUCAUUGUAUGUGUUUUGAUAGAUUUGGAUAAUGUGAUAUGAGAUAAUAGGUUUAGAAAGAUUUGUAUGUUAGUUAAUAAUGUGAGAUGUGGAUAGAAUUAAUUGUGUGGAUCGUUAGGCCUUUUUUUAAUUAAAUGCAGUAAGGUUUAAGAAUGGAUGAACAGGUUCAGCAGCUCAUGUUUCUUUAUUAUUUGAAAAGCUUAUCUAAAUUGGACAGUUAUAAAAAAUAAUCAUGUACUCCUAUCGCCGGUCAUAUUUGGAGUCUUUUAAGUUCUUAAGGAUUAAUUGGUGGUAUUUUAGUGCAGCUUAGAUAUACUUUGUCACUAGUUAUGGUUUCACGAAAAGACUCUCCAUUAUGGAAUGGAUUAUGAUCUACACAUUUUAGUCUGUAGACAUAAUUCUGUGCCAAAACAAAAAGGAUAUUAUCUUUUAUUUGAACCAAAGUAUUAUGAAGAGUGUUUGUUUUUAUAGAGUGCUAUAAUUCUGUCUGAUUUAAACAUAUGUCGUGGUUCUUAUAUUAUGCCACGUGGGUGUGGUAAUGUGGUGUAUGCUACUUAUGUCGACAGACAUAAGUAAUACGUAACGCCAGUUGGAAGAGAAAACCCUGGUAGCAGAAUGCGCAAUGCUAACCGGUGUGAAGGAUGGUUAGAGGAAAAUUAGGGGCGACCAAACUAAAACGUGGCAUCAGCGCUUAAAGUUACUAACUUCUAGUCUGAGCCAUGUUGGUAGAUGCAGACUACUUGGUUGGGGUCCGCGUAACAAUCGUAACUAAUGAUUGGAGACUCUUGGUGACAUGGCUGAGAAUCGAUCACAAUGGCGUCGGCGUAUACACUCUUGUCUUUCUUUAGGCCGGGAGAUUAAAAUCGUAUCAUAUCUUUCUUUCUACGAACUAAUUCUUUCUUCCUGUACUAUAUCUUUAUAUGCGAUCUUUCUUUUAUAUAUUACACCAUCGAGUUAACUGCUCCUAUGAAUCCAGUGUUCAUCGUGUUGUGCUAAUGAGGUAUGGCAACUUGGACUGAUGCAUAUAUGUGCCUUGUCUUAAGCUGUACCUGACUGACUGACUGAGGAACAUCGAGUUGAAGAGAAUAGAAACGUAGAUAGAAAAGAAUUGUGAACUGGACGAAUCAUACAGAAUGUGAAGGACAAAUAAUGGGAAUUCGCAAAUAAAAUAUUCAAUCUACGGUUCUCAAAUUUUAAAAAGAGAUUCCGUGAUUUAGUAUCUGAAUACAAUCGGUUGUCCCAACAUUCACAACAGUAGAAUCAAAGUACUAAGGCAUGAUAUUGCAUUCAGAAUUCAAAAGGGCAUUUUGUUUUAGCAUAUUCUUAAAAGUAUCUGUCGGGAAGCUAUCUUCAUCUGACAUAAUGAUCUUUAUGACUAGUCUGAACAGAUCUGUAACCUAAGAUGCUUUUGCAUCGAGUACUUGUGCUGUGUUGAAAUCAAUUUAAUGAUUUGAAUGUGUUGAUUUCUUGUAGGCAGUAUGGUUUACACUUCCAUUUGUCUUUCUUUUCAUUAGUCAUCAGUCUAAAAAUGUUAGUUCACUGAACUGAUCUUCAAAAGCGAAUACGAUAUGAACUGAGAAAGUUUUUAUUUUAGUAAUUUAAUGGUUGAUUUCGUGAUUCAGUUAAAGCUAGACCACCAUGGAAAACCUGGAAGCACUGUACAACUGUUUCGCUCCAAUAUGGAACUCCUCAGCAGUGCGCGUCCACGAUCCCGCAUCGCGAGAUUCGAACUUAUCAGUCUCGUGUGCGAACACUUAACCUUUAAACCACUGACCACAAAAUGAAGCCACCAUCCACCAUUAUCUUCAGUCAGUUACUAUCUCAAACCAGACCCGGUUGGACUUCACUGGUCACGGCAUCUCACUAGAACUCCAGGAAACACCUCUUGUGAGACAGUAACUGACUGAUCACAAUGAUAGGCGGUGGCACAAUUUCGUGGAUCGGUUGAAGUUAGAUAUUAACAUCGUUGGACGCCGGCUCAAUGGUUUAGACGUUAAGCGUUCGCGCGCGAGACCGAUAGGUCCUGCAUUGGAACCUCGAGAGGCAGGACCGUGGGCGCGCACUACUGAGGAAUCCCACCAUAGGAUGAAACGGCUGUCCAGUACUUCCAGGUUUUCCAUGGUGAUCUAACUUCAAUUGACUCAUGAUCUCAACUGUUGAAAUAAUAACGUUUUUAUUAAUUAGAAGAACAAAAUGAGA